AUGAUCCUCCAGUCAGUUCCAACUGAAGACUACGACGAGGAGGAGAAUGGCCUUGUAUCUAACAGCCCUCGUCCGCCCGCCAAAAGGAAGCUCCCGCUCAAAGCACGGCGGGUGACAGCAGCGGACCACCGAAUACCGGAGGAGGAUGAGGUCAGCUGGAAGUUGGUGGCCCUUGGCAUCUGCUGUUUCCUUGGAGUUGUAGCUGUUGGCGCAUCGCUGGCAGUGCUCUCGCGGCUGGGACAGGAUGCUGAAGGGGGUUUGCAGGGCACCCUGGGCAAUGGUGCCACCGGCGUGAAGCCAGUGCUGGCUGUUUUUGGCUUCACAAUUGGAGAAGAAAGCCUGGAGCAUGCAUUGCCUACCAAUAAUGCAGUAGCCUGGGUGGCUGCCAGCCUUCUCAAGGAUCAUGGCCACUUGUUGCUGUCCCCGUACAGCCCAGCACAGGCGGCCUUUGCCUUCGAAGGUGCUGGUAUUCCUGAUGGCAACCUGGUGCAGAGCUGGCGCCCUGCUCCUAGAGCUCCCAGGCUCCUCCGGGCCAAAGAGCCCCCGAACCCGCGAAGCUUAUUGCGAUGCUCAGCAGGCACUUACUGGACUUAG